AUGCCGUUUUUGAAACGCUCAAAAGUUCAAAACGUAUUCAGCUGGGAAGAGUUGAUGACAAUUUUCAUUCCUUCACAAUGCGGCCGUAUCAUUCAUCUCCAGCAUGCCCCGCCACCAAAUGGGUUGGAAAAAUUAAAAUCGGUUAUUAGUGAAUCAAAAUUAGAGCAAAUAAUUUUAAUUGGGUGCUUUUCGAUGGCCAAGGACACGAGUGAAGUACUUGAAGUACUAAGAAGAAAUAAAGUUUCUAAGAAAAUUCAUCUAAAUUUGCACUGGAACAAGUACGACGAUGAAUGUAUUUUAGUCCUGAUUGAACUCAUGUAUAGCGGUAUCGUGCGUUCGCUUGUAUUCCCCGACGACAUGGAUGCCGUGAACGCCGAAAGGUUGUUAGAAGUAAUUAAUAAAACUGAAGACUUGGAAUUGCAAACACUAAACUUAAGUGGCGCGGUUUUGAAUGAACAUUCGCUAGAAUACAUUGCAGAAAUUUUGAGGAAAAGAAAAAUAGAGAAGCACUUUAAUAUGUCGAACUGCAAAAGAACGGAGGAAGCAUCACUCACUGAAGAAAAUUAUAAAACUCUGAAAAAAGCAGCAGAAAAAGGAAAUAAAUGGUAUAAGAGAAAUUUGCAAAUUGAAUGGUUCUCGUUCGUUGGAGACAUCGACGUGACAAAAUGCAGUCACUUUGAGCUCAUGUUCAAAAAUACAAUCGAACACCUUUUCAAUAGCGAAACAAGGACAAAAACCAGUUUUACCCAAGAAGUCGUUAAGUUGAAUGUAGGUAUGGCCUGGCAACUAGUGAAACCUGGAAGCAAAAGGAGCCGAAAUCGGCGUGCUGAAACUGAAAGUACUGCAACUGCUGAAAAGCGUCAGAAAACUAAUCUUGAAGUUGAUGAAAUUACCGAUAUGUUCGAAACACGGAUUGGAGUCGGCGCUAACCCUCUGGAGAACAAGGCAGACAAAGAAAUUGAUGGAGUUGCAGAAAACAACCCUCCUCAUCCCCGUUGCUUUGAACGUCCACCAAACACUUCUUCGGGAACUCAACCAACGCCGUCUCAAGAAGCAAUACCACAAACAGCUGAAAACCACCUAAAUCGUUUUUCGGAAUCUCAACGAUCAGUAGUGUACAUCCAGAAUUUCAAUGCAAAUAACGUGAACACCGGACACGUCUGUGGUGGUGGAGGAAUAAAUGUCGGUGAUUCGCCACGAGGCCAAACAGCACCAAGAACGUCAGUUUCUGAUGGCAGAACAUCUGAAAAUGAAUCACGUCAUGAGAUCAGGUGA